AUGGGUGUUCCAAAAUUCUUCAGAUGGAUGUCGGAGCGCUACCCCGCGAUCUCUCAGCUCAUCGCUGAGAAUCGCAUCCCGGAAUUCGACUGUCUCUACCUCGACAUGAACGGUAUCAUCCACAACUGCACACACAAUGACUCCGACGGCCCCACCGCCCGCAUGACCGAGGAGAAGAUGUUCAUCGCCAUCUUCAACUAUAUUGAGCAUUUGUUCGGCAAGAUCAAGCCCAAGCAGCUCUUCUUCAUGGCCAUCGACGGUGUCGCCCCGCGCGCCAAGAUGAACCAGCAGCGCGCCCGCCGCUUUAGAACCGCUCUCGACGCUGAGAAGGCCCGUGAAAAGGCCAUCCGUGAAGGCGUUGAGAUGCCCAAGGAAGCGCCGUUCGACAGCAACUGCAUCACGCCUGGCACUGAGUUCAUGGCCAAGCUGACGCAGCAGCUCAAGUAUUUCAUCGCCAAGAAAGUUUCCGAGGACUUGGACUGGCAGGGCGUGGAAAUCGUCCUGUCAGGCCACGAGGUCCCCGGAGAAGGAGAGCACAAGGUCAUGGAGUACAUCCGCCAGGCCAAGGCUCAGCCUGGUUACGACCCCAACCGCCGUCACUGCUUAUAUGGUCUCGAUGCUGAUCUUAUCAUGUUGGGUCUGCUUAGCCACGAUCCGCAUUUCUGUCUCCUCCGUGAGGAAGUCACUUUCGGACGCCAAAACCAGAAAAAGUCCAAGGAGUUGGAGCACCAAAACUUCUAUUUGAUGCAUCUUUGCAUUGUUCGCGAGUAUCUAGAACUUGAGUUUCAAGAGCUAGAAGAGCCCGGCGCUCUAGGUUUCGAAUUCGACAUGGAACGUGUCAUUGACGAUUUCAUUUUGAUGGCUUUCUUUGUCGGCAAUGAUUUCCUUCCUAAUCUUCCCCAUUUGCAUAUCAAUGAAGGCGCUCUGGCGCUCAUGUUCAACGUUUACAAGACGGUGUUGCCCAAGGCCAAGGGCUACAUUAACGAGGGCGGUGUCAUCAACAUGGAGAGGCUGGCCCUCCUUCUCGACGAGCUCUCGCACGUUGAGAAUCGUCACUUUGAAUCCGAAAACGCAGACGCUGCAUGGUUCAAAGGAAAGAAAAUGGAGAAAGAAGACGUAAUGGAGAGGACCAAGAGGCGAGGACAGAUCGUGUUGACCACCGAGCAGAGGAAGCUGCUGUCCAAGAUCAAGGGCUGGAUUGGCAUAUACUUGGACACCAAGAUGGAAACACCAUAUGACCUCCCGGUCAGCCUGAAAGCCGAGGACCGGAAGUUCAUCCAGGAGCUCGCAGAUAACCUUCACAUCAACUGGAAGACCGUCCAAAACGAAGAAGGUAACCGCCAUCUCCAAUUGGCCUUUCCACCAAAAUUGGUAGAAGAUGCAGAGGAUGAGGAAGAGGAUGACGACGAUGAAGCGAAGAAGGCCAUUGCUCGGGUUAUUCUCAAGUACGAGGAUGCCAAGGUCGUCGAUAUCUCUGCCGACGAUGCCCAGGCCGCGAUGGAGAAGAAGUAUGAAGAGAAGUUCCUCACAUGGAAAGAUGAAUACUACAAGUCCAAGUUUGACUGGGGCCGCGACAACGAGGAAGAGCUGAGGAAGCUGACUGAGAAUUAUGUCCAGGGUCUGCAAUGGGUCCUCUACUAUUAUUACCGCGGAGUAGCUUCAUGGCCUUGGUAUUACGGCUACCACUACUCCCCUAUGAUCUCCGACGUCAAGAAGGGUCUUCAAGCAAAUAUUGACUUCAAGCUUGGGCAGCCGUUCAAGCCAUUCCAGCAGCUCAUGGGUGUCUUGCCCGAUCGAAGCAAGACCAUCGUACCGACGGCCUACCAUCCUCUGAUGACCAACGAAGAUUCGCCCAUUAUUGACUUUUACCCGCGCGAUUUUGAGCUCGACAUGAACGGAAAGAAGAUGGAAUGGGAAGCCGUCGUAAAGAUUCCUUUCAUUCAAGAAGACAGGCUCCUCUCUGCAAUGGCCACGAAGGAGAAUCAGCUGUCUGAGGACGAAAAAACCCGCAACUCUUUCGGCGUUUCCAUGAAGUUCACGUACGCAAAGGAUCUAGACUUCGUCUACCCUUCAUCAUUGCCGGGUGUUUUCCCUGAUCUACCUCACUGUCAUUGUGUCGAAAACAUCUUUGAACUCCCUACCAUGGAAGGCUUGGAAGUCUAUGUGGGACUGAUGGACGGCGUGAAGCUUGGAGCUCACUCAUUGGCCGGUUUCCCCAGUCUAAAGGAGUUGCCCUUCCAUGGCAAACUUGAAUUUGCCGGCGUAAGCGUUUUUCAACAAGACAGUCGAAACGAGAGCAUGAUUGUCACAUUGCUAGACACUGAGUCUCGCGCGGGCAUCACACAUGCUCAAGAGAAACUGGGCAAGGCGGUUCAUGUUGGAUAUCCAUUCUUGCAAGAAGCCAGGGUCUUCAAGGUUUCUGACGAACUGUUUGACUAUGUCCUGCCCGAAACGGGACCAUCAGUACCUAUCGCCGUACCACACGGCCCUGAUCAAAUACGGGAUUGGAAGAAGAUGGCUGAUCGCAUCCAAAACACGUACGCCAAGCGCCUUGGUACGAUCACCGGCGAAGUCGAGUCGCUUGUACACGUGGAGAUGCUCAAAGGUCUUAGGAAGACCGAUGAGGGACACACUGUCAAAGAGUAUGGUCCGAUUCAAGGUCUGCAGGUUGAAUACGCGACUCAGACCAUUGUCGACGACGUCGUUAGUCCAGACCAACGCUUCUUAGAAAAAGAGGCGCUGCCGCUCGACGAAGAAUUUCCCGAAGGAUCCAGAGCCUUCUAUCUGGGCGAUUAUGCGUACGGACGUCCGCUGCAGAUCGUUGGACAUGCGGACAACAAGACCACUAUCAUGGUGGCGAAACUCAAAAAGCCCGAGCCCGAGUUUGGACGUGAGGUCGCUCGACAAGCUGAGAAGCUUGUGCCAUACUUCCCAUCAUACGUCGUUGCUCGACAGCUUCACAUGCCACCCCUAGCAUUGUCCAAGCUGACAGCUUCCUUCUUCGUCAACUCAAGCGGAAUGAAGCUCAACCUUGGUCUCAAUCUUAAAUUCGAAGCCAAAAAGAUGAAGGUCCUGGGCUACUCGAGGAAGUCGGCUAAUGGUUGGGAGUAUAGCCAAAGGGCGGUUGACCUCCUAGCUCAAUAUAUGAUAAAGUUCCCAGACUUCAUCGCAGCCAUCAUCAAGAAUCCUACGGGCGACGGCUGGGAAGACACUGACUUCUUUGCAUCGGAGGUCGCAAAGCAGAAGGUCAAAGAGAUUGGCGCAUGGCUGAAGGAGUUGCAGACGAAGAGUUUCGAGAAGGUCCCACUGGAUGCUGAGCAGCUCGAUUCAGACACCGUGAAGUUGAUCGAACAGGCCGCCGACGCCAACCUUCCUUUGACGCAGGAUGUUGAACCCAAGAAGAUCGGAAAGGUUCCACGGAACGCCAUACUCAAACCUUCGGAUGCGGAGCAGCGCCUUAGCAAUCAAAUAUUCACUAUUGGCGAUCGGAUCGUCUAUGUACAAGACUCAGGACGAGUUCCUAUCGGAUCGUACGGUACCGUCGUUGGCAAGACGCGCACUGCUCGCGCGCUGCUGUUGGAUGUCGUCUUCGACGCGACUUUCAUGAGUGGGACUUCGCUAGGCGACCGCUGCUCGCCCUUCCGCGGAUCUACCGUUCCCGCUACCACGGUACUCAACCUGACCGACAAGCAGGUUGUAUCAUAUUCUUCGGCCGCUGCUGCGAAACGGCAGCAGCCGGCCACCCAGCCCUACACUAUGAUCGGUGCUCCCGGGGGACCUCAACUUAUUCCUGCUAGUGCCCCGCCACCUCUUCAAGGCUCGUACCGCGGCGCUUUCAAUGGAACUAACGGGGCUCGCGGCGGUGGCUUUGCUCCCCGGGGACGUGGCGGAGGCCCAGCACCACGACAGAAUGGUGCAACUAUCCCGGCGCAGCAAUACCAGCAACAAGAACUUCCCAUCCGCAGCGGACCGCCCCGUGGUGGACGUGGAGGGCAGUCUAAUGGUAUUGCCAACCAGAACGUUAGCCCCAAUGCGAACGGCCGUGGUAAUGGCAACCGCGGACGUGGCGGUGCCAAGGCUAACCGUGGCGGCUUCACUGUAACGGACCUCAGCGACCCUACUGCGGGCGUGGUGAACAACAAUCCCAAUUUCCGGCCGCAGAACUACAAUAACGUCCCGCCGCCUGCUAGCUUAGAGAAUGGAGGCAGGGGACGUGGACGUGGUCGCGGUCGCGGAGGGUUCCGCGGUCGUGGUGGACCACGAGGAGGCGGCCAGACGGCGGCACCGCAGCAGUAG